UAGUUUUCAAGGGUAAAAAAAGAGAGCAGCCGUCUCUUCCUCUCGAAACGACCUGGCGUUCUAACGACGCUACUCGAAGAAGACAGGAAGGAAGAAACACUCCUAUAUAAACCCCACGCCAGUCUUCUGCGCAGAUUGUCUUCGUUCAUUUCCCUCGCUACUUUUAAAUAGAGUUCUUCUUCGCUUCCUUCGUUACUAUUCAUUUUGUUUUCACAGCUUCAAUGGCCACUUUUGGUGCUGCCACGACAGCGAAUCCAAACCCUAACAAAUCUAUUGAGGUUGCACAACCUCCUAGUGACUCAGUUUCGAGUCUCUGUUUCAGUCCCAAGGCCAACUUCUUGGUUGCUACUUCCUGGGACAACCAGGUAAGGUGUUGGGAAAUCACGCGGAAUGGAGCCACUGCAGGAAGUGUGCCCAAGGCAUCAAUAUCGCAUGACCAACCGGUUUUAUGCUCCACUUGGAAGGAUGAUGGGACGACUGUCUUUUCUGGAGGGUGUGACAAACAAGUGAAGAUGUGGCCUCUACUAUCUGGUGGUCAACCAGUAACUGUUGCAAUGCAUGAUGCACCAAUCAAAGAGGUUGCAUGGAUUCCAGAGAUGAAUAUGUUGGCCACAGGAAGUUGGGACAAGACCUUGAAGUACUGGGAUUUGAGGCAGCCAAAUCCAGUGCACACUCAACAGCUCCCUGAUCGUUGUUAUGCAAUGACUGUGCGGCAUCCCUUGAUGGUUGUUGGCACUGCAGAUAGAAAUCUCAUAGUCUUUAACCUGCAACAGCCUCAGAAUGAGUACAAGAGAAUCACUUCGCCCUUGAAGUAUCAGACAAGAUGUGUUGCAGCCUUUCCUGAUCAGCAAGGCUUCUUGGUUGGUUCAAUCGAGGGAAGGGUUGGUGUACAUCAUCUAGAUGAUGCACAACAGAAUAAGAACUUCACUUUUAAAUGCCAUAGGGAUGGCAAUGAGAUAUACUCAGUCAACUCCUUGAACUUCCAUCCAGUGCAUCACACAUUUGCAACUGCUGGAUCUGAUGGUGCUUUUAAUUUUUGGGACAAGGAUAGCAAACAGAGACUCAAGGCCAUGUCACGGUGCUCUCUUCCAAUACCCUGCAGUACUUUCAACAAUGAUGGCUCAAUAUUUGCGUAUUCGGUGUGUUAUGACUGGAGCAAGGGUGCAGAAAAUCACAACCCACAAACAGCAAAGACCUACAUCUUUCUUCAUUUGCCGCAGGAUUCCGAGGUUAAAGGCAAACCACGAGUUGGAACAAGUGGUAGAAAGUAGAACUGCUAUUUUUGUGAAUGUAGACGUAUCUGUUAGUAGAGUUGGAACAGAUCCUCAGAGGAAAUAUAGCCUUUUUUUUUUUGUCAAUGCAAGAUUUUGACAUAGGUGUUUCUGUGAGUGUAGACGUAUCUGUUAGUAAAGUUGGCAAUAUAUAGGUGCAUGUUUUUCUCGCC